AUGUAUUCGUUAUACAGCCUACAGGAUCGGGAAAAUCACUUAUAUAUCAGUCCGCUCCCGUCGUCUUUGACACAAUAUAUCCAUUGUCAAGUGCCAAGUGGGAGGUCAAUAGCACUUGUAGUAUCUCCUCUGACAUCGCUUAUGCAAGAUCAAGUACGCUACCUGAAGUCUGUCGGGAUUAGUGCUGAGUUUAUUGGGGAUGAUCAAAUGAGCGAAGAUGCAAAUGAAGUUGUUGAACGUGGUGAAUGUCAAAUUGUGUAUGGCUCACCUGAGGCAUUUUUAUCAACUAAAAGAUGGCGUGCUAUGAUAAGCAAUAAUGUUUAUAAAGAAAGAUUGCGUCUGGUAGCGGUUGACGAAGCUCAUUUUAUAUCUCACUGGUAAGCAGAUUUCCCUUUUUUAAAAUCUGUGUGGUUUUCCUCAUAUGUUUUAAUGUUUUAUAUGAUUGAGAAGUUUUAGGAGAAUGUUUGUACAUGAAAUAUUGUUUACAUUUUGCUGGCAGGCAACAUUUAUAUUUUAUACUGUUUAUAUUGUAUUAAAAUAACUAUGUGCUUUCAAGAACCAUUGCGUGCUACAAAAAUGUAAACAGUGUUGACUGCUGUCUGCCAGAAAAUAUGCUGAACUGUAAUAAACAUUUGUACCUUGGUGCACCCUACUUUGUUGGUGGAAAGUUGGCAUGUUGCCGCAUAAAUAUUUGGUGGAUAAAAGAAAAAAAUUGUGCUUUUCAAUGACAUCAAUGUCUGUAUUACUCUUUCAACACAGUUUUAUUAUACACAAUUAAAAAACUAACGAGUAAUGACCUAAAGUUAAAACAUUAAAAUUCUACUAGGUUCAAAUAAAAACAAACAAUUAAUUUUGGUGUUAUCCCAUACCAUGUUAUCGGCCUCUUCAGUAAUAUGCCAUAUUGUUACUGAAUAGGCUGUGAUAACAGAAAUUAAUUUAGAUUGCUAAGAUUGUAUUUAUGUAUGUGUUUAUUUGAAGGUAGUGGAAAUUUAAAGUCUGUAAGGUAAACAAAUGCUUUGUUUACAUUUUGAACUCAGCACUACAGUUGUAAAAUAUGAUUAGAUAUAUAUUAUACUGAAUUUUUAACACUCUUCUGCUUCACUAUGCUUGUAAAUGAAUACAGAAUAGAGAUUCAAUUCAGGAACGUUCAGUAGGUGCAAAGUAUUAAUAACAUUCCAAUGGUCGAGUCUGGACCAUUGGAAUGUAGGCUUGCGCAGAAAGUAUGCGCAGAACAGAUUUUACAUGGUCUUUAAUGUUUUAAAAUAAACUUUGUCUAAACCGAGAAAAUCAAAGCUAACGUUUAUGUAAAUUAACAUGAUUUUUUAUCACAUAUAAAGAUACGACACGCUUAUGAUUUUUCUUUGUGUUUUCCUCCUGAAUUAUUAAUGAGUUUUUUAAGUAUAGAUGAAAUCUUUCAUUAUGGACUUUUUUAUUUCACUGUCUUUUUUUGCAAUCUAUCUUUCUAAUUUUGCAAUCCCUCUGCACACAUCAUACAAUGUCGCCCACCAUGCAAGCUGCAGAGGUGUAACUUAACAUUUGCCCGGGGCAAGUGAAUAUAAUGACGGGCAAGUAAAUGUUUUAUCGUGCUUGCCCGAUUGGGCAAGUUGCCUUGCCACAAAAGCUGGGCAUCUUUAAGUUUAUGUUUUUUAUAAUGCGUGUACUUGAUUCAAAUUUUGUUUUUUUGUUGGCCAAAGCUAGAUCUGAGACAGUAUAACAUAGCCAUAUAGAGCUAUGGGAGAAUGGGUCGACAUGUCUUUUAUACCCGCCAUUGUUUGAUGGCAAGUGAAUUUUAUUCAGGGCAUCUAAUUUUUAUGUGUGGGAAAAAAAGUAAAGUUACACCACUGAGCUGGUGCUCACAAUAAAAUAAACUUUCUUUUCUGUGAUGCCACAAUGAGGUGUUGAGAUUUUAAAUGUAAUCAAUCUAUAGUACCAGACUUAAUGGUAACCCAUAAGGCAGAACCAGAGUUGUAAUGUAACAAUUGCCCGGGGCAGGUGAUUAUCAUGACGGGCAAGUAAACGUUUUAUCUUGAUUGCCCGAUUGGGCAAGUUGCCUUGCCACAAAAUGUUCGGCAUCUUUAAGUUUAUAUUUUCAUUAUCGGAUAAUUUUUUUCAUAAUGCAUGUACUUCAUUAAAAUGUUGUUUUUUGUGGGCCAAAGUUAUAUCUAAUGCAGUAUAACAUACCGUAAACCUCCGACUAUAAGCCCCCCCCCGAAUAUAAGCCCCCUGUGUAUAAGCCCACCACUUGUACUAACGCUCACAUCAUUCCAAAUAUAAGCCCGCCCCCCUCCCGAAUAUAAGCCCACCCGAAUAUAAGCCCCCCAAAUAUAAGUCCCCCAAUUAAUAUAAGCCCAGUAAUCGCUGCUUAAUACAUGUUUAUUUCCCUGUUUAUGACUUGUUUAUUACUAACACAAAAGAUUGUCCAUGUAUAAGCCCACCCGUAUAUAAGCCCCCUCCCCUUGUAUAAGCCCAUCAAAAAUCGCUUACAAAAGUAUAUAAGCCCAGGGCUUAUAGUCGGAGGUUUACGGUAGCCUUUUAGAGCAGUGGGAGAACGGGUCGACAUGUUGUCCCCUUAAUUUAUACCCCCUAUCUAGGUACCCCAUGCAGCAGACAUUGUCUGAUGGCAGGUGAAUUUUAUUCAGGGCAACUAGUUUUCAUGUCCAACACUCCAACUUGCUCUGAGGGCAAGUGGUCAAAAAAGUAAAGUUACACCACCAAGAACAUACUAUCCUCAUAUAAAUAGGCAUGAAUACUUCAGAUAAAAAUGAUGAAAAAAUGAUGAAGGGUUAAUGCCAAUUUAUUUAUGUUAGUUUCUGUUUGUUUUAUAAUGUUCAGGGGUUAUGCAUCAAAGAAAGGAGAGAUGGCUUUUCGAAAAUGGUUUAGCCGAAUAAAUGAGAUUCGCUCAAUUGUUGGACGAGUGCCAGUGAUCGCUCUUACAGCAACAGCCACGACUGUAACCAGGCUGAAAAGUAUGCGAGCUCUGGAAAUAAAGAACCCAGCGUUAAUACUUGAGAGCCCAAACAGGCAUAACAUAAGUUAUGCUGCCCAAGUGAUUAACCAUGAUCUUGCAAAAACGUUUCAAACAAUGGUUCAACAAUUGAAAGAAAAGAAAGGAUGUACUGAAAGGGCAAUUAUAUACUGCCAAACUAUCAAAGUCACCACUUACUUAUAUUCCUUUUUCGCAUCAGAAGUAGGUGAUGACAUGUAUGUUGAUGACUCCAUGGAUCCCAAAAAGAGAACUGUUGAAAUGUUUCAUAGCAGGAUAGAUGAACUGAAUAGAGAUCAUAUAUUAGAGUCCAUGGGCAAACCGGAUGGUUCAGUUCGAGUUUUAAUUGCAACCAUUGCUUAUGGCAUGGGAAUUGAUUGUAAGAAUGUGACAACUGUCAUUCACUAUGGUCCUUCUUACAACUUGGAGACAUACAUGCAAGAGAGUGGAAGAGCUGGAAGAUCAAAUAUGCAAAUGUGCAAGUCUGUCAUCCUGUAUUCAAGCUUAAUGAUGAUGCAUUGUUCCGAUGAAAUUAAGAGUUAUGUACGUGAAUCAUCAAAGUGCAGAAGAAAGAUGCUGUUAGAAAGCUUUGAUGUUGACUUGAAUAACCUGCCUGUGACACAAUACCCUCACCAUUGUUGUGAUUUUUGCAAAAAAAACUGCAAAUGCUGUGGGACAUAUUGUGAUUUUGUAUACUUUACAUCAAUGUCUAUUAGCAAUCAAGAAGCUGCAAUGGAGUCUUUGUGCUCAAGAAAAGUUACAGAUGCUCAAAGAACAGCACUUGCCCAAAAGUUGACAUAUUUAAAGAUGGUUUUAAAAGAACAAUUUUUAAAAAAGCUAAGAUUGCAAAUGUACCUAUGUUUACACCUACAAAGUUAGCUGGUGCAUUUGGAGAUCCUGAAAUAGAACAAAUAUUGCAACAUUGUGAGAAAAUUUUUUCUGUUGCUUCUAUUUUUAAGUUUGUUAAUAUCUGGCAUACAAGUGUGGCAAAUGACGUUUUGUUUGCAUUUUCAAACGUCUUUGAAGAUAUUGAUGUAGCUGAAUCUGAAGAAGAAACAGAACUUGACAAUAUAGAAGAGUUCUCUUUUGAUAAUAUAUUUGAUUUUGAUGAACAAGACUCAUUGCUGGCCAGCGUUGAAGAAGAACUAUUUACUAUUGCAGAGGAUAGCCUUAUUGAAAAUGCUGAAGAAGGGUAUGACACUGAGUAG